AUGCCAUCAUCCUCAACGACAGUCGACCCGGCCAUCAUCCGCGCCUUGUCCCUGGAAGGGACUUCCUCCAAGAUCACCACUCAUGGGGGCUCGGGAUUCUCGUCAACGUUCCGGAUUACCACUUCUACUAGGAAGAGCAGUACCACGACAGCGGAGUCGCCCUCGACGUCGAUAUUCGUCAAGACCAGUUCCGCCCCGGGGGCGGAAGUAAUGUUCCAAGGCGAACAUGCGUCCUUGAACGCCAUCCACGACGCGGUGCCAAGUUUGUGUCCCGAGGCUUUCGCAUGGGGUCGACUCGACCUUGAACCUGGCGGGUAUUUCCUGGCAACCGAGUUUUUGGAUCUCGGUGGUGGUGGUGGUGGUGGAAGGAGAUCGGGGAAAGGGAAGGGGACCGGCAGGAGUGGAACGGGGAGCGGGAUGAGUCUCGCCGAGAAACUGGCAAAGUUACAUUCGACGCCCGCCCCUGUCCCGGACGGCCACGACGAGCCGCAGUUCGGGUUCCCCGUGCCGACGUGCUGCGGAGACACGGAGCAGGACAACUCGUUCACCUCGUCGUGGGCGGAUUUCUUCGCCCGGAGACGCCUGCUGGCCGUCUUGGACCGAGGGGAGAAGAACAACGGGUCACCGGAAGCUCAGUUGCGGAGGACCGUCGAGAGAGUCGCGGGCGAAGUCGUGCCGAAGUUACUUGGCGACGGCCAUCUCGGUGUCAGUGGUGGCCGUGGCGACGGUAACAACAGUAAGAGGGGGAUCGUCCCGGUCGUCGUGCAUGGGGAUUUGUGGAGUGGGAAUCAAUCUCGUGGACGGUUCGUUGGGAGGAGAAGAAGCAGAAGAAGACUACGGAAACAAAAUCAAGGACAUGCGCCACGAGGACAUGACCAGGAAAAAGAAACAGACAAAUAUGCAAGUGACGGCGACGCGGACCCUGACCUCCAGGCGGUGGAGGAGGACGAAUACGACGAAGAAGAACACGAAUAUGAAGAUGAAGAUGAUUACGAAGAAGUCAUAUACGAUCCGGCUUCGUGCUACGCCCACAACGAGUACGACUUUGGAAUCAUGCACAUGUUUGGAGGAUUCGGGAGCGCAUUUUGGAACGAGUACCACGCCCUUGUCCCCAAGACGGAACCGGUGGGCGAGUACGACGACCGCGUCAGGCUGUACGAGAGUUACCAUCACCUGAAUCACUGGGCCAUCUUCGGCGGUGGAGGGUACAAGGGCGGCGCGAUGCGGUUGUUGAAGGGGUUGUUGGCCAAGUACGGUGGUGGUGGUGGUGGUGAGUGA